CUUGUCAUAGGAUCUAUUCAUGAAUGCUCAUCGGGAUUUAUUUUGUUAUUUUUUGUUUUGACGGACACUGUUAGUCUCGUUUCCAAGCAUUAUUUUAAUUAAGUGUAUUUCCUUAUGCGGUUUUGUUUCGAGUUUCGACCAUUAUCCCAUACAGAUUAAGUAAGCUGUUAUUUUAUUUCUAUAAUCACCGGAUUAAUGAUUGUUGGAUAUAAAUAAUAUAUAUAUAUAUAUAGAUUCGAGUCGGAGUGUUAUUCUUGAAAGUACUCGGUUUGGUCCCUCAACUCAUAUUUUUGGGUCCUGCAAUUUCAACCUUCGGUCAUAAGUAGAAGUUUGUAGCUCAAUAUGGGUUUAAUUAUCCAAGUAAAUGGUAAUUGUUGUUGAUUUUGAAGUUUAAAUACAUAGCUGCGAGAGAAUAGAACACAUUCCAAAUUAUAUUUUUAAUUUUUUUGAAACAUGUGAUAACAACCUCUGCCAUGGUGUGUUGACAGAUCCGUUCAUGUGGGUAUUAGAUGAUGGAGUCCUGCGAUUGUAUAGACACACCAUAUCCCCCAGAUGAGCUUCUUGUCAAGUAUCAGUAUAUUUCUGAUGUCCUAAUUGCCCUUGCAUAUUUCUCAAUUCCUGUGGAGCUCAUCUAUUUUGUUCAGAAGUCUGCUUUCUUCCCAUAUAGAUGGGUGCUUAUGCAGUUUGGUGCUUUUAUUGUUCUUUGUGGGGCAACACAUUUCAUUAACUUGUGGACAUUCUUCGCCCACUCUAAAGCUGUUGCGGUGGUAAUGACAAUUGCCAAAGUCUCGUGCGCUAUUGUGUCGUGUGCGACUGCGUUGAUGCUUGUCCACAUCAUUCCUGACCUGUUGAGUGUCAAAACUCGUGAAUUAUUCCUUAAGAACAAGGCUGAGGAGCUUGACAGGGAGAUGGGACUUAUUCUUACUCAAGAAGAAACUGGAAGGCAUGUUAGAAUGUUGACUCAUGAAAUUAGGAGCACACUUGACAGGCAUACCAUUCUAAAGACUACUCUUGUGGAGCUGGGUAGGACUUUAGGCUUGGAGGAAUGUGCAUUAUGGAUGCCAUCAAGAAAUGGUCUGAAUCUGCAACUUUCCCAUACUUUAACCUUCCAUGUACAAGUUGGGUCUACUGUGCCAACAAACCUUCCUAUUGUCAAUGAAGUUUUCAAUAGCCCUCGUGCUAAACGGAUACCACACACCUGUCCACUGGCCAGGAUCAGACCUCUUGUGGGUAGAUACGUGCCACCUGAAGUUGUUGCUGUCCGGGUGCCACUUUUGCAUCUGUCAAAUUUCCAAAUUAAUGAUUGGCCUGAUCUUUCCGCAAAAAGCUAUGCAAUCAUGGUUCUCAUCCUCCCUACUGAUAGUGCUAGAAAAUGGCGAGAUCAUGAGUUGGAACUUGUUGAUGUUGUUGCUGAUCAGGUAGCAGUUGCCCUUUCGCAUGCUGCUAUUUUGGAGGAGUCUAUGCGAGCCCGUGAUCAACUCAUGGAGCAGAAUGUUGCUUUAGAUUUAGCUCGGCGAGAGGCAGAGAUGGCAAUUCAUGCUCGCAAUGAUUUCCUUGCUGUCAUGAAUCAUGAAAUGAGGACGCCAAUGCAUGCAAUUAUAGCAUUGUCAUCACUUCUCUUGGAGACUGAACUGACUCCAGAACAGAGGGUUAUGAUAGAGACAGUGUUGAAGAGUAGUAAUGUUUUGGCGACACUUAUCAAUGAUGUUCUAGAUCUUUCUCGACUGGAAGAUGGUAGCCUUGAAUUAGAAAUGGGAAAACUCAACCUUCAUGGUGUUUUGGGAGAGAUCGUAGAACUGAUAAAGCCUAUAGCAUCUGUGAAAAAAUUACCUAUUACGUUAAUUCUGGCCCCUGAUCUUCCUAUGUAUGCCAUUGGUGAUGAAAAGCGACUUAUGCAAAUUCUUUUAAAUGUUGUGGGUAAUGCUGUCAAAUUCACUAAGGAGGGCUAUGUUUCUGUAAGAGCGUCUAUUGCAAAACCAGAAUCUUUACAGGAUUGGCGGCCUCCUGAGUUUUAUCCAGCAUCAAGUGAUGGCCAUUUCUACAUACGAGUACAGGUUAAGGAUUCUGGAUGUGGCAUUCUCCCACAAGAUAUUCCACAUCUCUUUACCAAGUUUGCUCAGUCUCGGAGUGUACCAGCUCGAUCCAGCAGUGUUGCUGGUCUUGGGCUUGCCAUUUGUAAAAGAUUUGUAAAUCUCAUGGGAGGUCACAUAUGGAUUGAGAGUGAGGGCCUUGAUAAAGGAAGCACAGCUACAUUCAUAGUCAAACUUGGGAUUUGUGGCAAUCCAGAUCCAUCAGAUCAUAAAGCUGCAAACAGAGGCCAAGCAUAUAGCGGAAGUGGAGGCCUCACUAGAUUUAAACCCUUUGUCAAAGAUGAUGACGACACUGGUUUUUCUAGUCGACGCAAUCAAAGAAGUUUCUAAAAUCCAAAAUUGGAUAACUUUCGACCAGAGUCGACUAGAUAUAAUAAACUUCAUUUUGCAUAUGCUAAAUUGUAUAAUUUGCAGUUUGCAGCUAUAGGUUAGGAUUACUAUGUCAGGCAUAUUUCUAACAAACGGGUCUUGUCUGAAGUCCUGUCAUGUUAAUUAGCAUACACUACAAUGGAACGAAGGAGAGAUGAUCAAUAACUUAAACUGACUUAAAGCACAUAAUUAUUGUGCUGGUAGCUUUUGUUUUAUGGAACUGACACCAGUGUGAAUCAGUUGUCUGUGCUCCACCAUGUUGGUUUUACGUCUAU